AUGAGCUUCUUCGCGAUUACAGAGGAAGAGGCAUUUUUCGAAGAUGACGAACUUGAAAAAGAGCUGCAAUCUAGACUCAGUGCGGUUGUUAUUUCCGACUUAGAAGACUCCGAUUACUCGGAAGAAGAAACAUCACAUGUGGAGGAUAAAGUCGAGAAUGGAGAAAAAUCAUUCAAUCUAGCUGAGAACCUUCGGAUGCUCCAGUCUUACUCUAAUGUAGCCUUCAAUUUUGAAGAGCUCGAGGACAGUGAAAUUGCAGUUACUGAUGCUGAAGCCCCUGAUUGCUCAGCAAAGAUGCCAUCACAAAGUCAAGAAUUGUUCAAAGGUGACACGCGGGAACUAAACGAGUCGUUGGUCAACACAUUCCUUUCAAAUGAGAAAUCAUCAGAGGCAGAAAAGAUACAAGCCGAGAUCGACAAAGAAAAAAGUAAGAAUGAUCAACUGAGGCGUGUUCGUGAAGAAACCGCUGCAUUGAAAAUUCAAAAAAUUUUCCGUGGCUUCAAAACUCGAACCUCCAAAACAGGAAGGAUGGUGCGUGGACAUUUGGAAAGCAAAAAGAGAAUCAAAUUCGUUGAAAAGGCGCAGCAAUUCGAAUUCGAAGAGAGGCGUCGGGUCGCUGACCAAAUCAAGAAAGAGAACGAACUUAUCCUCGCAGAGAAAAUUAUAAAAGAUGAAGAGCUUAAAAGGAGAAGAGAGCAAGAAGAAAAGGAAAGAAUUGCUCUUGAACGCGCACAGCAAGCGGAAAAAAUUUGGAACGAGCGGGUUAUUCUCUUCACAGAAAAAAUGCUCCGGCGUAAGGAUCAGCGAGCAGCGGUUAUUAUUCAGAGAACUGUUCGAGAUUUCCUAAGGAAGCGACUCCAGCGGCGUUCAGGCGCCGCUUUGGUUAUCCAGCGUAAUUACAGAGAAUACUGUACUCGCAAACGGACGCAAGCUGCAAUCUCAAUACAAACAUAUUGGCGAAAGUCUCGAGAGCUCAAAGCUCGACGCGCAUUAGAGAUUAAAGUCAAUGCAGUUAAAACAAUUUUAAUUCAUCGACGUCAGUAUCGUCAACUUCAAGAAGCGUACCGAGCCGUAUGGGGAGAACUAGAACUUAGGAAGAAAAAUGCAUUGAUCGCCGCUCAAAUUGCCGAACAGCAAGAGCUAGUAAACCAAUUCAAGUUGAACCGAAGCGCGAAGAUUAUCCAAAGAAUGUGGCGUCAACACGUUGUUACAGAAAACAAAGCAGCUGAAAUUCUGGGAGAAGCGAAAAAGCUCACUCAAAUCGAAUCCCAAAAGACCAUCGUGCUUGGGAAGUCGGGUAUAUCCGUGGCCAGCCCGAGGGCAGACUUGCCCAUUCUCGGUUCAAGCAUUCGCGGCAAGAAUUCCUCUUCUCCAUUGAAAAACAAUAUUGCAUCGGAAGAAAUGCUGCUAGAGAGCCAAAACACGAUAGUUGUGAAAAAAAUCGAUGAAGGAUUACUUGCGGAACUUAAGCGAAAUCUUGAGAGAAUACGUCCUGUAAAUUUUACUCCUGUAGCAAAGAUGGAGAUCCCGAAAGAAGAAAAAAAGCGACUUCUAGUCGAAAAGUUCACAGAGAGUAUGUUUAAGAAUAAAAGCCCUUUCGAGUCCGUCUCUUUCUUCAACUCGCCCGCCCUGAGAAAACUUGACUUGUCGUCUUCCCAACUUAAAUCGUGUCACAUCGACCUCCCAAACCUGCGCCAUCUCGACUUGUCGAAGAACCGCCUUAGUUCGCAAUUGCUGAUCCAAGCACCGCGCCUUCGAAUUCUAAGUAUUUCAGAGAACAAGUUCGCGCGUCUUCUUUUCACGCCUCUACCGCACUUGUCCGCGCUCGACGCAUCGUCUAACCAGCUGAUAGACAUUCAAAACUUGUCUCGAAUAGCUCCUAGACUCAUGUUUCUCAAUGUGGCCGACAACUUUAUCGACAAGCUCCCCCCGAACAUGAGCGCUUUAAUUCAUCUUGAUAUCACCAACAAUUCUUUGCGAAAUUUCGAUGCGUUUUCCUCUCCGUUCAUCACAUUCUUGCGAGCCCAAUUCAAUAACUUCGGGAAAAGUGAUCAAAUGAAAGUCUUCCCUUUUCUUGCAAAAAACGACUUUUUAUGGGCAGAUUCUCCGCGAGAAACUCUUCCUCUCAAUGUCAAAACCAAAGAAGACCUCAACGCCGACUUUGAUCACAACCGCUUAAUCACAACAGUAAUUCACUUCGACUGGACUGUGAAAUCUCUCCCGCUUGUUGACAGGACAUAUUGGAAUUUGUGGCACAUGCGAAAGUACAUUCUCCAGUCGUCAAAGUUACACAAGCCAACUCCCGUAAUAAAGUCUUUUCUGAAGAGAGUGGUCUACAAUCGAAGAAAAAGCAAAAGAGAAGCACACGCCGUCGAAGUGAUUGAGUCUUGGUGGGUUUCAGCAAAUGUAAGGCUGAAGAUAAAACGCGCGAGAGAACAGAUACGCGCUUCUAGUAAGGAGGAAUUUAAGCUCGAAGAAUUUGACGUCGAUUCAUUUUAUGAGAGCUUAGAUGUCGGACAGGAACUUGAGUCGCCACGGCGACAUUUUCCAGAGCGAAUUACACAGUCGAAACCGUCAACCAACCAUGCGCAGACAUCGACGGAUGCGUAUGCCAGACAUCCGGCGAAAGCUCCUCCUAUGGAAAAGAAACCACUGUUGACAUACUACGAUGUGGAAGGAAACACGCACUCGGUGAUGAAUGCUUAUGACACACUUGUCGACGAUGACAAAAUUCGAUCACAGGCACAGGAGCUGUUCGCAUGGAAACAAAUGGGCGAUGCUCCAAAUUUUUACGCAGAGUCUUUCAAAAGUUCGAAAGCGAGUGGUCCUCUACCAAGCAUUCCCGAAACCCCGAAAAUAUCCAAGAAAGAAGAAAAAAUCGCGCAGAUAAUGCAAUCAUGGAACGUCGGCCGAGAAACAGCGGAGAGGAUGUACACUAGUCAAAACAGAAUGAAAGGAAAGGCAACGUCGAAGAAGAAAGACUCACCCAAAAAGUCAUUUUCCUCUACUAACAGUCUUUCAUAUGGUCAAGCGUCGAAUUCAAUGACUUCAUUAGUCUCAGCGCGCUCGCGAGAUCGAACAUGGAUAAAGCCAAAAUAUCAAUCUGACUCACAAAGAGCUGUCGUAAAUAAUUGGGUCCAGAAAAUAGAUGAAGGAAUGCCUGUGACACCUGUUCCUCACGAUCCGUUGCCGUUACGCGUUCAAUCCAUCGAAAAUAACAGCACUGAUCACUUUUCUUUCGCUAAAAGUCAACUCUCUCCGUUUUCACUGCGCACUUCGACUCCACCAUUACCACCGCUCAAGAAAAAAGCUUCUCAUGUACCUGCCUGGCAUUGA